AUGCUGUGCGGAUCAUUCUAUCACAUGCAGCAGUCCCGAGCAUAUGGAGAACAGCUGAUUCACCGACUUCCACGGAUCAGGGUGAGUAGCACUAGGGUUGUUUUUUACCUUGACGACCUCGAACAACUCAACUCCACUGCUAGCCAGGGAAGCUCAACAGGCAUUGACUAAGGGAGCCCAGCUUUUUGAAAAGUUGAUGUUUCUCCACAACAACAACCCUUAUCUGAUCAUCAUAAGAUACCAUAAGUAUAUUAUCAUCAUCUGAUAAAAGGCUUUUAGACAUUGAGAAAACAAAGACUUAGCCCAUUGUGCUUAGUAAUGUUACGGUGAUAACCAAGACAGUGGAUUAUAUCAACAUUUAGCUGUUUUGUCCAUGGUUUUAACAAAUAAUUAUAUCUUAAUGAGUCUGCAUUUGAGAUAGAUAAUGUUCAGACUCCAAAAAGCUAGCAAAAUAAUUGUCUUUAUGUGUGAACACUAUCGCUGUUGGUAAUAACUAGGAUUUACAAAGAAACCCUUUUUGAAUUAGAUUGAAGGUGGAUUUCUUUGCACCUUAAUCUUCAUAGAAGUUAAGGUUUGUCUCACUGUGAUUUCUGAAAUAACUAACAAAAUCAUGUUACAUUUUUAUUCCUAUGAUGUCCACUAAACUGAAUCAGGGAGUUCUUAAACCCAAAUAUGUAUGAUAUGGAAGAUGGCAAAGACUGAUGAAAAACAUCGUUUUCCUCCAGGUGCUGAAAUGGAACAAAUAUGUUUGAUCCUUUUGCUUAUAAGUAAGGCACUAUCAGUUGGAGCACAAUUCAAUGGAUACAACUGUGAUGCCAACUUCCACAGCCGCUUCCCUGGUGAGAAAAUAAAUAAUACAUUAUAUUAAUUUAAAUUCAACUUCAAUGCAGGUUAUUCAUAAAACUUUAUGAAUAUAACAUAUAACUUUAACUUAACUCAUAUUGGACUGAUGCAUGCAACAUAUUUAGGAUAGUGAAUAGUUGCUAUUUCUAAUGUAUUCUAAGGUCUUGGGUAAAACAGUGGAACCUUUAUUUACACUUACAAUCAAAUAAAAUGGUAUUGUUAGCUGUUCAACAGUCUGAUGACCUGGUGGUAGAAGCUGUCUCUGAGCCAAUGGUCCAAGACCAGAUGCUCCGAUAUCGCUUGCCAGAUGGUAACAGAGUUAACAGUCCGUGGUCCGGGUGACUGUAGUCCUUGAUGACCUUCGGGCCUUCCUCAUCGCCUGGUGUAGAUGUCUUGGAAGGCAGGGAGUGAACUAUUGGGCCAUCCGCACCACCCUCUGUAGAUCUUUGCGGUUGCGGGCAGUGCAGUUGCCGUACCAGGCGGUGAUGAAGCCGAUCAAGAUGCUGUCGAUAUAGACAUCUCCAAAUAUAGCUCAAAUCAAUUAAAUAUCCAUGGUUUAAUUUUCAAUGCCAGUGUGAGCCUUCUUUAGUCUUGUUCUUUAGCCUUGUUUAGUUAUCCCUCUUUGAAAAAAAUUAAUGCACAUAAGGCCAUAAUAUGAUUUUGUGCUGUGAUAAUAACUGGUGUUGUUUUCUCUGCUCUCUCCCAGCGGAGCGGGACAUUAGUGUGUACUGUGGGGUGCAGACAAUCACCCUCAAGAUCAACUUUUGUCCUGUUCUCUUCUCCGGCUACACCGACACUGACCUGGCCCUCAACGGUCGCCACGGAGAUGCCCACUGCCGUGGUUUCAUCAAUAACAACACCUUCCCCACCGUGGUCCUCUUCAGCAUUAGCCUAGCCACCCUGGAGACAUGUGGCAAUGCCCUGGUGGUAAGAGGCCCAUGCUUCUUCCAACCACCUGUUUAUAAUGCCUUCUAUCACACCUAUGGGCCAGUUUCCUGGAAACAGAUGAAGUUCUGGACUAAAAAUAACUUUCAAUUGAGAUGCUUUAUUGAGCAUGUCUUGAAGUCCAGGACUAAGGUUCAUCUGUAUCCGGAAAACCCUUAAAGAGUCCAUGACAGAUCAUGGCUCCUCUUACCGUGGCUCCAACCACAGAGCACUUACAUCACGCCCAAGCCUUCAAAUCUUCGAAAAGGCAGCAAUAACAAAAGGAGAUACAUAACUGAAUAAAAGGUCCUACUAAUAAAAGGAAUCAACUUAAAUAUGUACACACAGUCAUCUACAGUGUCUAUGGUUUGAUGUUGACAACCUAGAUUUUAGUUUCCAUGGGACAGUGGUUCAGUAAUUGUAGUGGUGGUUGGGGUUGGGAGAAUGGAAGCCCCGGAGAGGUGAUUGCUUUUUCCUAGAAACAGUGGGAGAGAUUUGCGUGGAGCCUUUACUAAGGUUGCUUUCUUCCCCAUUUUGUUGUUUUGAUUGUAGGGUGGUUCCUGGGCCGCUGAUGCUGUGAUAAAGGGAAUACAGUUAGGGAUUAGCACGAUGAGGGGGCAUUAGCUUCAUAGUAUGGUUGAUGUUAUCGUCUCUGGCCCUCCCUACUGAUGGGACCUUGACUCCAAUAAUGGUGGGGAUGAGAUUGGGUAGGCAUUCACCUGACUCGAUUUUGUGUUGCAGGUUUCCACGGCUCAGGGUCCUAAUGCUUAUGGGAACCUUUCACUGGUGCAGAUUGGGAACAUAUCAGGGUACAUCGAUACACCAGAUCCCCCGACUAUCAUUAGCUACCUGCCAGGUCUGCUCUACAAGUUCAGCUGUAGCUACCCUCUGGAAUACCUGGUUAACAAUACACAGCUGGCUUCGUAAGUGCUGUGAAAUAAUCCCUCAAGUUUCUAUGAUGAUUGUUAUCCAUUCACAUGUCUAAAAUGCCUCUGAAUUGAUAAUACAGUUAAUAAUACAGAUAAUUCAAUGUCAGUGUAGUGACAUCAUAUGAGUGUGUCAAAAUUGGGUUGUCAAUGGACUUAAUUGAUUAGCAUUUUAGAUAUACUGUACAUAGAGAGGCAGUAAACUGAAGAGCACAAUGAAGAUAACACAUGAUAUGAGAAGGUCAUAGGAUCUCAGUUGUAUAUUAAAAGAGAAUCAUGCAUCACAUUGACAUAUGGUCCAUUUAUCAAGAUAUCUUAAAGUAAACCAAGAUAAACAAUAUGCAUAUGUGACUCAUAAUGUUGGAUAUAAAUCAUUCAAUAAAUCAUGUUUAGCAUAACUUCAAUUUCCAUGUUUAUUCAAGGUCAGCUGCUGCAAUAUCAGUGAAGGACAGCAAUGGUACUUUUGUCAGUACUUUAAGUCUACUGCUUUACAAUGUAAGUACAUUUUUACAAAUGACACAAUUGCAUUUUCUCUAUGAUGCACUUUCACUGCUAGAUUUACUAACCAUAUUAUACAUGCAAAGUUUGCAACCAGGAAUAAAACGUACAUACAGUGCCUUCAGAAACUAUUCACACCCCUUGACUGUUUCCACAUUUUGUUGUGUUACAAAGUGGGAUUAAAAUGGAUCUAAUUGUAAUUUUUUGUCAACGAUCUACACAAAAUACUCUGUAAUGUCAAAGUGGAAGAAAAAUUCUAACAUAAACAAAUAAAUACAUCAAAACAAAUCUUGAUUAGAUACUGUAUACCUUCAACCCCCUGAGUCAAUACAUGUUAGAAUAACCUUUGGCAGCGAUUACAGCUGUGAGUCUUUCUGGAUAAGUCUCUAAGAGCUUUCCACACCUGGAUUGUGCAAAAUUUGUCCAUUAUUAUUUUCAAAAUUCUUCAAGCUCUGUAAAAUUGGUUGUUGAUAAUUGCUAGACAACCAUUUUCAGGUCUUGCCAUAGAUUUUCAAGCAGUUUUAAGUCAAAACUGUAACUAGGCCACACAGGAGCUUCUUGGUAAGCAAUUCAUAUCCCAGUGUCUGGUGGAAAGCAGACCGAAACAGGUUUUCCUCUAGGAUUUAGCCUGUGCUUAGCUCCAUUCCGUUUAUUUUUUAUUUUGAAAAACUCCCCUGUCCUUAAUGAUGACAAGCAUACCCAUAACAUUAUACAGCCACCUCUAUGCUUGAAAGUAUGGAGAGUGGUACUCAGUAAUGUGUUGAAUUGAAUUUGCGCCAAAUAUAAGACUUUAUUCAGGACAAAAAGUAAAUUCAUCUGCCACAUUUUUUGCAGUAUUACUUUAGUGCUUUGUUGCAAACAGGAUGCAUGUUUAGGGAUAUUUUUAUUCUGUACAGGCUUCCUUUUUUUCACUCUGUCAAUUAGGUUAGUAUUGUGGAGUAACUACAAUGUUGUUGAUCCAUCCUCAGUUUUCUCCUAUCACAGUCAUUAAACACUGUAACAGUUUUAAAGUCACGAUUGGCCUCAUAGUGAAAUCCCUGAGCGGUUUCCUUCCUCUCCGGUAACUGAGUUAGGAUGGACGCCUGUAUCUUUGUAGUUACUGGGUGUAUUGAUACACAUCCAAAGUGUAAUUAAUUACUUCACCAUCCAAGGGAUAUUCAAUGUCUGCUUUUAUUAUUUAUACCCAUCUACCAAUAGGUGCCCUUCUUUGCGAAGCAUUGGAAAACCUCCCUGGUCUUUGUGGUUGAAUCUGUGUUUGAAAUUCACUGCUUGACCUUACAGAUAAUUGUAUGUGUGGGGUACAGAGAUGAGGUAGUCAUUCAAAAAUUAUGUUAAAAACUAUUAUUGCACACAGAGUGAGUCCAUGCAUCUUAUUAUGUGACUUGUUAAGCAAAUAUUUGGUCCUGAACUUAUUUAGGCUUGCCAUAACAAAGGGAUUGAAUACUUAUUGACUCAAGACAUUUCAGCUUUUCAUUUUAAAUUAAUAUAUUUAAAAAAUACGAAAAACAAAAUUCCAUUUUGACAUUACAGGGUAUUGUGUGUAGGCCAGUGACAAACAAUCUCAAUUUAAUCUAUUUUAAAUUUAGGCUGUAACACAACAAAAUGUGGAAAAAGUCAAUGGGUAUGAAUACUUUCUGAAGGCACUGUAGAGCAAAAUGGUAAAAUGAAAGUGAACCAUAAACACUGUACCACAAAAACAUAUUAACCAUAAAGACACUACAUUCAUUUUAUCUCCUUCUGAAAUGCAACUCAAAGUUCUGUCAUAUCCUAAUAGAAGUUCUAUCACAUCCAGACAACGGAAGUAUUGAGUAGUUUUCAUGAGGAAUUGUCAUAACUGGGAAUUUGACAGCGGAUAGGAAAUACAGGGAUACUGUGGCUAUUAUACAUUUACAGGUUAAAUAACUGUGCAUACAGAACUAUUUUUUAUUCCAGUAAUGGAGGAGAUUUGUGCCAAUUUACCCUACAUUUAUUUUUUAAAUGAAUAAUAAGAAUUAAAAAAGGGUAUUUUUGAACAGAUUACAAAUCCAGUGCAAUUCAUGAAUCCUGUCCUCAUCUACAUGUUAAUAUGAGGGACUAAAACAAUUGUGACUUGUUGAUUUCUUUGUGUGUCUCUGUAAAGGACUCGUCAUACGUUCAGCAGCUGUCAAUCCCUAUGGCGGGGCUCACACUGAAGACACGUGUGUUUGCAGCAGUCAAAGCUACCAACUUGGACAGG